AGUUCUAAUUGGUGGUGGGCAUCGGACGCUAGUUGGCGUUGCUACAAGGUGUAUAUAUUCCGAGGUUUCCCAACUGGUCAUUGCCUGUGUUGCUGUUGCGAAGAUCUGACGAACACUUAACAAUGAAGGUCCUGUGUAUUCUCCUUGUCGUAGUCGGAGCUGCCGUCUGCAAAGAGGUGGGCAAGGUGGCUCGACGGGAUGGGAACUACGUCUGUCCCCCACUGGAAAAAUCCUUCACCUACAUGAGCUUCUGUGUCUGGGAUCCAUGCGAGAUAUUUGCUGAUGAGCCGUGUGCUGACUUUCCUGGCGCCGUCUGCAAAUUAGACGUGUGCCCCAACCACGACUGUAUCCCCAUGUUCUUCGUGGACAAGCAGUGGGUGGAAUGUAGAGAUCUCGUGUAUAGACAGUAUUGAGCUCAUCUCUAUUUUAAACAUAUUACAAAGACUGAUAUAUUCAUAGUGUUGUGUACAUACUUUCCUAUACGUGUAAUUUAUGUCAUGUUUCUAAUAAAGUGUAUAUAUUGUU